AUGAAGGCUCUCCGAAGGUCAAUAAAGGGAGAGAAAGAGGUCAAAUCCCACGCUUCCAUAACCCCCAAGUCCGCCGUCGCUAUUGUUCCCCCUAAGAAGGUCAUCCGUGCGCUUUACGAUUACGAGGCCCAAUCAUCCCAAGAAUUGAGCUUUUCUCGUGGUGACUUUUUUCAUGUUAUUGGCCGCGAAAACGACCAGGACUGGUACGAAGCUUGCAAUCCUGCUCUGCCCGACGCUCGUGGCCUAGUCCCUGUGGAUUUUUUCCAGGCUCUUGGCCGUACCGAGCGAGACAGCGCCCAGUCCGACCGUUCCGGCGCUUCAUCGGUGAAAAAUCCCGACCACGACUCGGGCUACGCCGAAGCAUCCUCACCCAGCGCCAUGACGAACGCAAUUGCCCCUACGUCGGCUGGGGCCCAGCGCGAUUCUAGGUUGGGUGGCAAGGGAAACGGCGUCAUGGUUUAUGGCGUCGUCAUGUACGAUUUCCAGGCAGAACGAGCAGACGAACUCGAAGCCAAAGCUGGCGAAGCCAUCAUUGUCAUCGCCCAGUCGAAUCCCGAAUGGUUCGUCGCAAAGCCCAUCGGCCGUCUGGGCGGUCCUGGUCUCAUCCCUGUGUCGUUUGUCGAAAUCCGGGAUAUGACUUCGAACACACCAGUUCCCGACCCUCAAGAGGCCGUUCGCCAAGCUGGCAUCCCCAAGGUUGAGGAGUGGAAGAAGACUGCGGCCAACUAUAAGAACAGCAGUAUCACGCUCGGAAAGUUCGAGGUAAGCGGCGGCAACGGUGGCAGUGGCCAGAUGCCGCUCGAGCAAGGCAUGGAGAGGAUGAGCUUGCAGCAGGGUGCCGCCGGUGGUCGGGCCAGCCAAAAUAGCUAUCUGUUUGCGCCUAUUUCGGCACACAUUCCCCGUUACUGUUUUGCCGAAGACAAGUAUUGGUUUGUUAUCGAGGCUAUACUGGAAGAUGGUCGUCAAUGGGAGCUGUCACGAUACUACGAGGAUUUCUACGACUUCCAGAUUGCACUUCUGACCGAGUUCCCGACCGAGGCUGGCAACACUGGGAACAAGAAGCGCACUCUUCCAUACAUGCCUGGUCCCGUCAAUUACGUCACGGACGCCAUCACGGAGGGCCGCCUUCACAACCUCGAUGCCUACGUCAAGAAUCUGUUGGCACAGCCGCCAUACAUUGCACGAUGCGAUCUCGUGAAGCAAUUUUUCAGUCCUCGCCAAGGAGACUACGAGAUUGAGAUGGAGCUGGACGAAGAGCAGGUUUCUCCCAGGUCUCAGCCACACCCGGGCGACAUCAGUUUUGAUCGCCCCCCCAGCCAGCUCGACAGCGGGUACUCCACAGGGGCGUCGGCCGGCCGGGCUCAGCAGCCGUCUAUGGCACGACAGCCGUCAUCAUUGUCGCAGCCGUCGCAGAGCUCAUUGUCGCCGGGCGUCAACCAGCAGCCGGUGCAGGCCAUGAAGGUCAAGCUUAGCUACGACAACGAUCUGGUGGCUAUCCGCGUGCCAUUGGAUAUCCCGUUCCGCGACCUGUACGACAAAAUCCGUGACCGGUUGAAGAUCUCGGCUGCCGACCAGAUGCAGCUAUUUUAUAAGGACGAUGCCACUGGAGACAGGCCGAGCAUGCUGAGCGAUAACGACCUCGACACGGCUUUGCAACGAAACGAGAAGCUGACGAUCUACAUUGAGACCUCAUAG